CGUCUUCAAUGAUAAUUGAUUGAUAUUCAAUUAUUACGUGGCGGAGAAAGAGAGAGGUCAUGACACUCGCCUCGAAAUUAGUGUUCUUUUUGUAGUAGUCAACUUCCCUAUGCGUACAUCCAUUGAAGCAUUUUCUCAAGAGAGGACGAAUUCAAUUUAAUAACCUUGAAUUAGGUUCAAUUGAUACUAAAUGACUCGAAUACGGCCCACAAUAAGCGUACUCUUUGUUUGCUUAAUUAUAUAAUGUCCGUUGCAUGUUCAAUACAAUUCAAAGAACUUGCAGAGCGUCUCUAGUAGAACGGAUUUGUCGACCCCUGAAAAUAUAUUGCGAAUGGGGCGCAGACGCGAUCCGACGCCCAAUAGUCGUCGGGGGUAGUUCCAAUUCACAAUUUGGUGCAGUGUGCAAAAUAAACGGAUACCCGCCCUCAUUAAAACACAAUUGAAAAUAAUAAUAAGAUUAUUAUUAUUAUUUUUUAACAAAUAACGUAUCGAGAAGCAUUCAAACUGGAGGGCAACAAAUUGUUUAGCGCUGUAAACAAUUUCUUUACUUCUUCGCCGAUCGUUAAUCACAUCAAGGAUUUGAUGACUCGAAACGUCGCCGAUCGCGACGUUGGACCGAAUCCCAUCCAACUGAUUGAUCCAAAUCCGCCCGAUAGGCCGGUUCAGCUGUUGCGGACGGGAAAAUCGACGGAGAAAUGCCGAAUCUCGAAGAAUUCCGCGAGAUACGCGAACGUCUCUAAGAGUCAAAUGAAAGAAUUCCGCGAAGCGUUCAGACUGUUCGACAAAGAUGGUGAUGGCAGUAUCACGAAGGAAGAGCUUGGGAGAGUGAUGCGAUCUCUGGGUCAAUUCGCCAGGAGCGAAGAGUUGCAACAGAUGUUGCAAGAGGUCGAUGCCGAUGGCGAUGGUAACGUCAGUUUUGAGGAAUUCAUGGAUAUAGCGUGGUCGGCGAGCGGCGGAGCGGAUGCAGCAAUUCAACCGGGAGAUGAAGAAAAGGAAUUGAGGGAUGCUUUCCGCGUCUUCGAUAAACACAACAGAGGAUACAUUACAGCCUCCGAUUUGAGGGCCGUUUUACAGUGUUUAGGCGAAGAUUUAUCAGAGGAAGAAAUUGAAGAUAUGAUCAAAGAAGUGGAUGUCGAUGGUGACGGGCGAAUUGAUUUUUACGAAUUUGUAAACGCAUUAGGUGAGCCCGGAGACGAGGACAGCUUCGAUGAAGAAGAGGAGGAUCUACUUGGUUAUUGAAUAAUCCAUAUAAAUUAUACAAAACUAAUAUCAAUUACUCUACUAUUAAUUACUCUAUGUGUCAAAUAACGAAUAUAAUUAAGCCAAAAUCUAUGUAUUUUAUGUGUCAAGCAUUUUAUUGUUGUUAGAUAGUUGCAAAUGUUGUUUGUUUUUUAAUAAAAUUUCCGAAGAAUCUGUAUCACCAGUAGAAGACAAUCUUUUAUUAAAAGACAAUUAACAGAAUUAGAAGAAUUGAAGAAAAUCACUUUUAGUACAACUACAAUUAAAUAUGCUGGAUUGAGUAACGCUGCUAAACGGUGCUAAUCUAAAUAACCGCUGAUCGUGUAACUGACAUCCAAACAAUGUUAAUCCUACAUGAUUUAUAGCGACUAGGAGACAAUGUCUAAUAGGAUCAAUAGCUUUGCUAAAUCCAGUAACAAGUGCAAAAUCCCAAUAAAUAUCC